AUGAAUAUGUUGGAUGAUGGAGAUGACCAAAGCUUUCACGCUACGCGAGACGGCUACUCCCAUUUGAGCGAUGUCGAAUGGGAUGCGGUUGAACGGAUGGGUUCAACCAUGGGCAUCCAUGCUGUUAGCGUCAUGCUAGAGGCUCUCAAUAGAGAUGCCCAACAUGCUACUAUCGCCAAGUUCAUUCAAAAUGAACUUGACGCUGAACGCGAGAAAGUAGCCUUGCUUCACCAACAAGGUUCUCAACAAGCAGAGUUGUUGAGAGAACAGAGUGCUCAACAGUUUGAACUGUUGAGACAGCAGCAGGCUGCUGCUGGUGGGUCGAUGCACUCGCGUCGACCCGAAACCUUGAAGAUUGACAUCUCCAAGUAUAGGGAAGUCGAAGAGGACUCCCUCUUGUGA